ACCUUACCUUACGGAUAAAGGUACGGUACAGAGUACGAGGAGCCUCCCAUCGCGGACCGCAACCAGCCCAUUCAAACCCUCAACCAUUCAACGAUUCAACCCCAUUGCCUCCCCCUGAUAUUUACUGCUGGCCCGUUUCCCUAAUCCUUCCGGAACCCACCAUGGCAUCCUCCAUUCCCGCGCAGGUGGCGGAAACGAUUCAGACCGCGCACAUCAACCGCGCCCCGUCCGCCACCCACGACCUCAACCCGACCACCUCCGCCUCCGAGAAGAUCCCAGUCUCGCUAUACGAUGCCGACGACCUCGACGGGGACCGGAGUUACGAAAGGGACGGAAUCGACCAAGACGAGGAUGAAGAAGACAUCCCCUACAGCGUAAUCAAGCCCCGGCGGCGGGCCGCCCACCUCCCGCCCAUGCCGGACCUGCGCUUCGAGCAGAGCUACCUACACAGCAUAUCCAAGGCCGAUACUUGGGGGAAGGUCGCGUGGAUCACCGUGCGGGAUCAGGUCAUGAUGCCGCUGCUGCAGGGCGUGCUCUACAACUUGCUCCUGCUGGGGUGGCAGAGUUGGAACCGCAACGCUCAGGUCCACGGCUCGUCCGUCGGCGCCAGGGUCAGGAGGUGGUGGUACGGCGUGAACAACUGGCCCAUACCCGGGCAGCCGGGAUCUGCGAGGUCAAGAUACAGGUGACCCGGACAUGGUAAUACUUCUCAGUCCCUUCUAUAGCUUCAGGCCAACGAUCGGAGUAUUCUGUACUCAUAUUAGAGUCAUGUGUAAAACCUAUAAUCGUCCUAGAACACGACCGUGCUCCCCACUGAACCUUAGAAUACAUGACCACAC